AUGGACAUUGUCGAAGAAUUUUUAGAAAUCACCAAAGCCGUUCCUUGCCAGCAGCAUACCCACGAGUGUGAAUCCACACAAAGUCAGAAGGAGUGGCCCUUUGAAGAACCUUCGAGACCUGGUAGACAUCGAGCACGCCGACCCUCGCAAUUAUGCCAGAAAAUUCUGGACCUGGUUACACCGACAGCAGUGGAGGAAGAUGUUGCCAAAACCAAGGGAGCUUUGGAACUUUUUUGGAAACGUCAGCAAGACACUGAGUGGUUCCGCAGCCAUCCCAUUCUUGCCAGUGAUGAAUCUUGGCUAACCUUGCACACCCACUUUCAAAUCCCCUCACCAAAGAUCGUUUUCCAGCAUUUGUCCAUUGAGGACUGCCAGCUCCAGUAUUGCAUCCCCCUUCUAUUUCAUGGAGAUGAUGCAGAUAGCCAUCGGAGAAGGAGUUUUUACACUUGCACAAUUUCCUCACCUCUAUGCUCGCAAUCCAAUUCCUGGGACUCACGCAUCCUUCUUUGCACCAUUGACAACUCCAGGGCCUUGACAGAAACUUAUGACACUAUUGAUGCAUGGUUGGUUCACGGGCUCACCGAGUUGCAGGAGGGAAGGUUCCUGACUGUAGAUCCUUGGGGGAGAACGUAUGACAGGGGAUUUGCUGGAAGGGUUUGCGGUCCUUACAUUGGCAUCUUAGCAGCUUUCAAAGGAGACGAAAAAUUUGUCCAACGGGCACUGAAGGUCAAUGCGAGCCCGGUCGGUGAGGGCGUGUGCAUGUACUGCAAAGCUAGCCAGCAUGGCAGGUACAUGUACACAUACCAUGGUCAGUUUGCAUCUCAUCGAUCCACCUUGGUUUCCAACACAGACUUUAUUCGGUCGGGAUGCCGUAUGAAUGCAUGGGCAUUGAUGGAGUUGACCGCAGACAGCUCCGUUUGGAAGGGAGAAGCAGCAGUGUUAGCAAUUUGGUUGAAGGGAAUCACAUUGGCAGUGGCCGCCGAAAGCCCUGAAGACUCCCAUGCUGCGUUGAGGGCAGCAGUCUUCGUGAAUUUAGUGGCGAUGAGGCAGUGCAUGGGAAAGCAGGCCAACGGCAAGAGGCAGCUACUGCUUGAACAUGAGAGCUUGCAGAAGUUGCGGCAUGCCAACUUUCUCUAUCAUUGUGCGCACAAUGGUUUGGCGCAGGAUGCCUUGGAACGCGAAAAACUUCUUUGGAAGCUCCGGCCGAAGCUCCAUAAGUGCCUAGCCCGCAACACAAACCUAAUGUUUCUUUUGCUGACCAGUGACUACAAAGCAACUCGUGCAACUAGUGUCGCGCUCAGUGGUUGCUAUUUGGAUUAA